AAGAACACAGUCGAUUACUUUUAGAAACUUGACAUAAUAUUGGGCACAUCUCUCGAAAGACACCGGCCAAUCGAACCAUGGAUAAAAUCCAACACAAAAAUAUCCGAUCGAACGGCAUAAACAUCCACGUGGCGGAGAUCGGCCGUGGCCCCGCCGUAUUAUUCCUCCACGGUUUCCCGGAGCUUUGGUACUCAUGGCGCCACCAGAUGCUGUUCCUUUCCUCCAGGGGCUACCGCGCUAUCGCCCCUGACCUCCGCGGCUACGGCGACUCCGACGCGCCGCCGUCCGCCUCCAGCUACACCGCUUUCCACAUCAUCGGCGAUUUGGUCGGUUUGUUGGACGCUUUGGGACUGGACCGGGUUUAUUUGGUUGGCCACGAUUGGGGAGCUGUUAUGGCUUGGUACUUGUGCUUGUUGCGGCCCGAUAGGAUUAAAGCUUUGGUUAAUUUGAGCGUUGUGUUUCAUCCGAGGAAUCCGAAGAGGAAGCCCGUCGAAUCUAUGCGUGCAAUUCUCGGCAACGAUUAUUACAUCUGCAGAUUUCAGGAACCUGGAGAAGCUGAGUCGGAAUUUGCUCGUGUUGACACAGCAAGAUUGAUCAAGAAAUUCUUAACAUCGAGAAAUCCAGCUCCUCUCAUAGUUCCUAAAGAAGUAGGAUUUGGAGGGUCGCCUCACAAACCAAUCACAAUGCCCUCUUGGUUAUCGGAAGAAGACGUUCAAUACUACGCAAGCAAAUUCAGCCUCAAAGGCUUCACCGGUGGAUUGAACUAUUAUCGAGCUAUGGACCUAAAUUGGGAGCUCACAGCACCGUGGAGUAGUGUGCAGAUAAAAGUACCGGUGAAGUUUAUUGUAGGGGAUCUUGACCUUACUUAUAAUACACCUGGUGUUAAGGAAUAUAUACACGGUGGUGGCUUCAAACGACAAGUUCCGUUUUUGCAAGAAUUAGUGAUUAUGGAAGGAGUGGCUCACUUUAUUAACCAAGAAAAGCCUGAGGAAACCAGUCAACAUAUUUAUGAUUUCAUCCAUAAGUUUUCGUCUGAUUCUGAUUUUCCCAGGUAAAAAGUUCCUAACCUGUACAAGAUGUGGUGAGGUCAGUUUAUCUAUUGCUCAAUUAUCUUUUGCUGGGAACUGGUUUUUUGUAUCAAAUUUAGGAGAUGCAUUUAUAUAUACUUACAUGAAUUGCCAAAUUGCAUAUCAAAAUCAACAGGUCUGCCACAGGUAUUAUGUAUGUAUUUAUAAAGUUUUAUUUUGUUUAUCUACUAAUUUGACAGAGAUCAUAAGCAAAUUAAAUAUUAGGGAGGGAAAAAACCCCAAUGAAUUUCCCUAUCGUGAUAAAUUCAAAUUUUAAACCCAUUGGUUGUAAAAUACCUAAGUUGUCCUU